CUCUCAACCCUCCUUCACCCCUCUCAGAGGAACCGCACCGCUCUGCCGAUGCGCCCAGCAGCCGCCGUCCCUCCCCGCUCCCUCACACCUGUACGCAGAGCUCGUCUCUUCACCGGGGCUUCGCUCUCAAAACUUUCCCCCAGCACACUCUGUAUUUCACUGUAAGACCUCAAUUAGCACUCUCAACUCCCUUCUGAAUGACGGGCGGUCGGUUCGACUUUGACGAUGGCGGCACAUACUGUGGAGGCUGGGAGGACGGCAAAGCCCACGGCCACGGUGUGUGCACGGGACCCAAGGGCCAGGGCGAGUACUCUGGCUCCUGGUCCAACGGCUUCGAAGUGGUUGGCGUGUACACCUGGCCCAGCGGGAACGUGUUCCAGGGCUACUGGGCGCAGGGCAGGCGCCAUGGACUUGGUGUAGAGACCAAAGGGAGGUGGAUUUACCGGGGAGAGUGGACUCACGGGUUCAAGGGCCGGUACGGGGUCCGGCAGAGCCAGAACACACCGGCCAGGUAUGAAGGCACCUGGAGUAACGGACUGCAGGAUGGCUACGGCGUGGAGACGUACGGUGAUGGAGGUACUUAUCAGGGUCAGUGGACUGGUGGAAUGCGUCAUGGCUACGGUGUACGUCAAAGUGUCCCAUAUGGUAUGGCCUCUGUCAUCCGCUCUCCUCUCAGAACCUCGCUUGCUUCUCUCCGCAGUGAGCAGAGUAAUGGCACAGUAUUGCGUGACAGCCUGUCUGACAGCCCUGCUGGCACACGUGGUGGCUUUGUACUCAACUUCCACUCAGAUUGCGAAGGUUCAGAGAAGAAGAAGAGUCUUUUCCGACGUGGCUCCCUCUUCGGCAGCCUUCAGCGACUGCGAAAAUCAGACUCGCGCUCGUCGAUUUCCAGUAAGCGUAGCUCAGCACACAGUGACACCACCAUGAGCCGCAUCAGUUCAAGUGACGCCAACUCCACUAUAAGCUUUGGAGACGGAGAGUUGGGCGAUGAUUACCUGACUCAGGAGGACAAUGUGGAUGCCCUCACCACUGAGUCCUACAUGGGCGAGUGGAAGAACGACAAGCGCAGCGGCUUUGGUGUCUCUGAGCGCUCUAACGGCAUGAAGUAUGAAGGUGAGUGGUUGAACAAUAAGCGCCAUGGCUAUGGCUGCACCAUCUUCCCUAAUGGCACCAAGGAAGAAGGGAAGUAUAAGAACAACGUGCUGGCCAGGGGCAUAAAGAAGCAGCUGAUCCCACUGAAGAACGCCAAGACCAAACAGAAGGUGGAUCGAGCCGUUGAAGGAGCAGUGAGAGCAGCAGCCAUCGCCAAGACCAAAGUGGAGAUUGCCAUCUCCAGGACGUCCCAUGCUCGUGCCAAAGCAGAGACUGCAGAUCAGGCUGCACAUUCAGCCAGUCAGGAUUCAGACAUUGCCAGAGCUGUAGCCAGAGAGCUCUCCCCAAGCUUCCAUCAGCCAGGCCCUGACUACAUACGACAAAAGUACAAUGAGCCAGUAGAGGUGAAAGAGGUUCCGGUGGCGGACAAGAAAGAAAAAUCUCCAUCAGGGAGCCCCCAUUUCUACCGGAAAGGAACAACACCCAACCAGUCUCCAUCUCCGAGCCCAGGCCCAAGCCCCACUCCUUCACCGGCUGUUGUCAAGAAGACCUUUUAUAGCAGUAAGACCACCAUCCCUGCAAAGCCUGCUGGGAAAGAGAACAAAACCCCUGCAGCUGAGUCUUUGACAGCAGGCUUAACAAAAGCUGCAUCAAAACUUUCUCUCAGACAGGAAGUAAGGCAACAGGAGGCUCCUACAGUAGUCAAACCAGCUGUUACCACAGCAGCCAGCAUUUACCCCAGCAAUGGGCAGAUUCACUCCCAGUACCAUGGUUACUAUGUCAAGGCAGAUGUCAAGAGUCCACCACCCGAAGAUCCAAUUGGUGUAGAGGAUGACCUUCACCCAUCAAGCCUUGGUCAGUUUCCACCACCUGCCAAACAGAUUCAGACACCAGCACUAAAAUCCCUGCCAGCCCAGAGUCCUUCACCAGCUCCCCCAAAAGAGAGCACCAAAGCAACAGAACCUCUCAAGCCAAAAAGACUGGAAUCAACCAAACCAAGGAGCCUUGCAGAGACCAAGAAAGCCAGCAUGGAAAUAGCUCCUGAAAUUGUAGAGGAGGAAUCGGGCCCUAACUCCAUCUUGGUGGCUCUUGUGAUGCUGUUGAAUGUAGGUCUAGCAAUCAUUUUUGUCCAUUUCCUCACCUGACCAAAUCUCCACUCAGUGGACUCAUCCAAACUAGUCGCCGAGCUGCUAACCCUCCACCAGCCACAGGGGCAUUUCAAAUAGACAACAACAGUCAGAACAGCAAACACGGGUAGAACGGAGGUCUGAAAAUAGACUAGUGAAGAAGAAGGAGGAAGAGAAGAAGUGGAGCAGAAAAACACAUGAAGAAGAAAGAGAUAGGGGGAGAUGAAACCUCCUUCACCACCACCACCACCACUACCACCACCCUACACCCCACCCAGCCCUCUCUCUCUGGAUGGACUGACUGACUGGGUUUAGUGCCCUAGUCCAACCUGAUUGGACUGGCGAUGAUUUGGGACUCCACUCCAGAGUGCAGUGAAAGUUGAAGCAAGCAGUUGCUGGUUGGAAAUGGGCCCUUUAGCCCCAACUAUGGAUUCUCUAACAGGCUUAGAAAUUACAGGAGACCUGGAGAGUAAAGCGGAUUAGAGCAAGUGUAAGGCCUGGCAUCUUUUCUGCUUAUAAAUGUGUGCUUCGGUUUUUCUAGCUCCAUUUCCAUCCAGCUGUUCAGCAAAUAUGGAGGUUUUUAAAUGCUGCAAUAAAACGUUUGUGACUAGUCCAUCUGCGUUGAACACAAUUUGUUUCCUAAAUGAUCCUCCAGAAGAACUGAGAGCAUCUUCACUGUGUUGAUUAUGCCUGUUAAUUAUUGGUAACUGUUGUUCUGAUGUUGGUGAUAUGUUAUGUUUCUAUUUUAUUUAUCUACCAUCAUGCAGAACACCUACAAUUUAGAGAGACAACAGGCUGUCAGAUACAUCACAAUAAACAUUAAGGACCUGUAGUACACUUUAAUUCAACUGUUGACCAGGUCAGGUACACCAAGCCUUUAUUAUUGCAUCAACCAAUGCUACAUGGUGUGUUGUUGAAGAAAAGCAUUUUCUGCUUGUAGUGAGCAUGAAGCAUUUUGUGUAGAUUUUUUUCUUAUCUGUCUUUGCUUAGAAUCAACUCUCCUGUUAUGUAGAUAUCUACACAUAACUGCUGGAUGGAAACCAGGCUUGUGUGUUUCUCAGUGUAUUUUACAUGUUUUUCUAUCUGCUUCUGCUGGGUGUGUGUGUGUUUGUGCGCGUGUCUGUUUGUGAACGUGGGUGUGCACGCUGGCCAUUGGUGGACUGGAAAUGUUCGGAGAUGCACUUUGAGCCGAUGGAAUCCGACAGCUGCCUUACCAUUUUACAGAGUGACGUGCUGGUGGGUGAGAAGGGUCCGGGCAGGAAUGUGAAGCGCUUGGCUGAAUCUAGCUCUGUCUGGUCCUGGGAGAGUGGCUCCAUUUCUACAAGUCUGUGUAUCGAUCUGUUCAUAUCUGUUUUUAUCUCUUUCUGUGGGUCUCUCAGUGCUUGCCUGCCAUAUUUUAUACCACAUCAGGUGCACAUAAGAUGAUCAGAUGAAACAUGACUACAACAUCAUAGUUUUUAAAGGGAUAAUUGCAAUUCAAAAAAUUGAACAUUAUUCUCUGUCUUUCAUUUUUGGAAUGGAUGAUUUGGAAGAUUGCUUUUGAUACAAUUACUGUUUGUGUCUGUCUUCACUUGUAAUUAUUGCUCAACCAGGUAUUCAUGUUUCUGUGUUUUAAUAUCUUUUGGCACAGUCUUCAUCCCUCCUGAGCUUAAUUUAACACUGGUUUCUGUAUCCUGUUUAUAACAGUGUUGCGUGUGACAGUUGUAUGUGCCCUUCUGUUUUCUAAGGACGUUUUUUUAAUAAAUGAAUGAGGGUUAGUACAGUUUAAUACAUUUAUAUUUCAAUUUAAUACCUUAAUGAGUGAAAUUCAUCUAGUUCUUAUUUCAGGCGUGAGUAAUAUAAAUAAAUUUUCAACUAUGAACUGAAUUCCUGGUAGGAAUGCAGUGUGGAUUAGUGUUAGUGACUGCAGUGAAGCUCUUUCACUUAGUGCAGUACAUGAACAAUGUGAGUCAACAGUUAUACAGAAGCUGUCAUUUCUUCUGUACGUCUUCUAAGAAUUAGAAUCAGAUCUGCUUUGGUCUAAAUCUUCUGUCAAGGGUCAAAAUCAACUCUCAGUCUUGUUAGAGGUCUGUCUUGUUCUUGCUGCUGGACAGACACACCAGGCAGUUACAUACAUAGCUCUUGUUUGGAGUUGUAAAAUGAAAUGAGAUGAAGACUGCGUGUGACCAUAAUGUUUUUUUUCUCCGCUGAAGUUUGCUGACAGGCUACUCUUCUUUUAUCAUCCUAGUUGAUUCUCUGACCAUUCUGAGUUUUUUUGUACCAUUGUGGUUUAUAAUGCAUUGUUUUGCCAUUCAUUUGUGCAAAACUAAACUACUAGCACAGAAACCUGUGGUUUUAAUUACAGAGACCAUCAGAAGAAUCCUUAGCUUAAAAUGUUUUCCUUCAUAAUGUUUGUAAGAAAACAUAGAGGCAUCUGACUCAAAAUCUAUAAAUCAUUUAUUUAUUUACAUAAUACAUAGUCUAAUGUGGAAACAUGUGUUUGCAGCUUUAAUCAAGUAAGUUUGCUGAUUAAGCUGAAUAGUAAUGUCUUUGUCUACAAUCUCUAUUUGAUGCUUAUGAAGAAAAGAUUUUUAAUAUUUACUCAAAUUGACAGCGUGGUACUGUUCUGUUUAACUGUGGAGUUGUGAUAAACGUUUCCACUAUUGUUCAGUAUACUGAAACAAACAUUUUAUCUUUUGGGUUUGUUAGUUACAAUUAUUUACCAUAAAGUUAUUUAAUAAUAACUGGAAAAUAUGAAGAAAUUGAAAAUAAUGUGGAAAAUAAAGCAUGAUAGCAGGCGUUUCCCUGCCCCCAAGACUUUCAAUAUCAUACUGUUUACAGUUGGUAUAUUACCAACCUUUGACUAAUACAUUUAGGAUUUGGUUCUGUAGAGUAAUUAGGUGGUUUGUCAUUCAUAUUUAGAUAAAGAUGACAUUUGUACAUUGGGUGGAUGAUGUAGAGCUCUCUGCUCUCUUGUAUGUGGUAUCCUGUUUGAAUUUGAACUGGCAGGAUGAAGAUUCUGAGUUACUUCAAGGUAUGCAUUGGUUUCAGAUAACUGUGCUGCUCUUAUUCACCAUUAUCAGCUGGAGUAUCAGUGCCUGUUGAAAUAGUACAGCAGCUGUUUGUUCCAGUUUUAUUUAAAUAAUGAAUGCCUUACGGUAUGGUUUAACACUGUAGAAGCAUAGUGUGACAUUAGUUUUCAGUUUGUGUAUGCUAACUUCUAAACGGUCUGGGCUUGGAGGCCAACAGUGUAACUAAGAUCAGUAAUAUACUUUCAUAUGUUCUGAAUGUAUUCAAAACUGCUGGUGUGUGAAUGCUGGUUUCAAAAUGAACUAUUUACCCCUCUCUUAAUAUGCAUGAUGUCUUUUAAAAUAUUUUUUAUUUUUGAUGAAAGUUUUAGAUAGAAACAUUUUAAAUUUUAAUGAAGUUUACAGUUGGGAAAGAAAAAGCAUUGUCUUAAAUAUGUUUCCACCCUGAUGGCUGGAUUAAGCGUCAAGUUUUUGUUAUAAUAUGGAAACUUAGUUCAGUAGUUUUGUUGCCCAAACCAAAGCAGAGAAAGAGUGAAAAUAAGAAGUUUGAUGCAAUCAAACCCAAAUCUCCAAGGUUCAUGUGUUUAACCCAAUCGCCCGCCACAUCUUACUGAAUAUAUGUACUUUGUCAGUAUUUUUGAAAUACACCUAACAAAAGUGUUUUGCUGCUUAAACCCAACCAAACAGUGAGUAAAAAGUGAAAACAUGUAAGCAUAUUAAGCAGAAAAACUGAAAAUAUUGAACAUAAAAAUACACUAGCACCAAUGAAGGAACUCCAUUCUUACCAUGUUCUCGACUAGUAUCGCUGUGGUAGCAGACAUACCUCUAAAAGAUGGAGAUAUAGAGAGCAGUGACUGCGGGAGGCCCAGCUCAAUGGCUUCAUAUUGUUUGACACAGACCAGGGAAUCUGACCUCCACCAAGUGCAGCAUAAGUGCAGCGAAGAACAUUACUGACUUUUUGUGAGAGUCACAGCUAUGUCGUAGACCAGCAGUGUCAACACCAGUGUCGCCACAGUCCUGCUGUUGUGUCAUAGAUAACAUUUGAGUCCUCAGUAUCUUGAUCAGCUCUGAAUAUAGUCAAUUCGCCCUUGAGUUGUGUCACUGCAGAGAAUUGAAUGCUGUAAAUGUAAAAUGUCAUAUGCUUUGCUAAUGCUAUGAGCAGUUAUGUGUGAGGGGUAAAUAGACUCCAGUGAACUAUUGUUCUGCAUAAUACUUAGUGCAGCAGCUGACUGUUUUCGUUCCUAUUCAUUUAAAAAAAAAAAAUUGAUGGGGAUUUAAUGUACUUUCUGUUCGUCAGGGUGAACCCUAUAAAUGAUGGUACAAACACUUUACAUCUGGUCUUAUCAGAAGACACAAAGACAGUUUGAUGUAAUUAAAAAAAUAUUUUUUGGAUUUCCACACAUCUCAUGGCUAAAAAAAACUUAAGAGAGUCCCCACUUGAGAGUCAGAAAAUUUGCAGCUUUUCAUCAAACAUUAUUCAUGUGUAUUUAAAUAAAAAACUUUUUUUAAAGGGAAUACACUAAAUUAAGUCUUGUGAGUUGCCGAAAUGAUGAAUAGAGAAAAAGUUAAUAUGCAAAACUUUGGUUGAUUUUGCGUUGGAAUCUUACUUGGAGUUUUACUUGAAUUCGUUGCACUGUAGUGAAAAAGGAGUAGCCUGAACAGUAAGGGUGUAGCAUCGAAUGCUUGACUGUUAUCAGCGUCUGCAGUUGUGUGACAAUUGGGAAACACAUACAGUGUACAGAAGGUGAAACGACAGCUUGAAAUGCACUGUGGACAGUUUGUGUUGACAAAUGCAAAUUGUACUGUACUAUUGUAACUGGUAGAUGAUUGUUUGGCUUAUUGGUAUGGUAGCAGGUGAGUGAUUUAACUUUAUGAUAGUAAAGCUCAUAGUUCCAAGGUAUGAAAGUCUGAAAAACUGCAUUAGACCCACUCUCCAGCAAAUUCAUUCAAAUGUAUUACCUUAUUUCUCACCCAUCCACACCAAUCAACACCUCUCUUGAAAGCAGAUUUAUUAAGAGCUGAACAUGAUCACUUUCAUGAGGUGGAUUUGAUGUUCAAGUGUUGCUAUUGACUGCAGUUUAGCCAGGUGUAUAACCGAGUGUUUAUACUCACACAUGUGACAAAAAUCAUUAACAUAAUGUUCCACUUAAAAAAGGAAAAAGCAAGCAGCAAAGCAGCCCCAUAGCACAACUGAGUAACCUCCAUGUUGUAACUGUUUUCAGUUUGUUUUUCUUCCGACAGUAAUUUGUUGUACAUUGAUUCUUGAGGUCAGCUUGUAUCUCUUUGGAAGUUUCCCAUGGUUUAUUUUCCACAUCCAUGGAAAUUGGCUAUGGUCCCAGCCCUUAUCCUUCCAAGCACUCAUUAGCUAUACCACUUCUUUCUCUCAUCCAGCUGACAAUGGGUGAGAGGUGGGGUUUGCACCCUGGACCGGUCACCAUUCUAUCACAGGGCUUGCCAGCAGGUUCAAACUCAGGACCUUCUUACUGCAAGGCAGUAAUGCUAUCCACUGCACCAUUGCUAAUGUUGGCUGCCCCUAAUUAACUAACUGCUUCGAUAUGGCCUCUUGAUCAUUCUUGGCAUUAUUUAAGUUAAUUCUCAAAGCGGUGCGCAUAAUAACACCAAGAAGCAUAUUGAGGUCUUCUCUUCAUUUAAAUGGUAAAUGGUUUGUAUUUAUAUAGCACUUUUCUAGCCUUGAUGACCACUCAAAGCGCUUUACAGUACAGUUUUACAUUCACCCAUUCAUUCAUACAGUGCAUCUAUUCGCAGCACUUUGUUAUUCUAUGGGGGGCCAUUCAGGGUUCAGCAUCUUGCCCAAGGACACUUAGGGAUGCAGAUGGGUCAGACUGGGGAUCGAACUGCCGACCUUCAGGAUGGAGGACGACCACUCUACCCCUCAGCCACAGCCGCCCCAUAAAUAGGCUAAUGACUGGUAGUAAGACUGAGGGGAAGUGUGAUAUCAAUUGAAGAAAAUUAUGCUUGAAAUAUCACCACAAUCCACUAAUUAAUCACCAAUAAGAUAUACCAUCAUUUCAUCCAGGGCAUUUUAGAAGAUCCUUGUAGAAUGCGCAGAAAUGCAGCUCUACUCAAAGCUCCUUUGAUUCUUUCUUUACCAAACUAAAGGCCUGCAGGUGAGCACCACUAAAGAGUUUGAGUUUCAAUAUUUCAAAAAGAACAGAGCAUUGUUGAGGUGCACAAGUACCAACACAUUCGGUUACAUAUGUUUACACAUAUAUAUAUAUAUAUAUAUAUAUAUAUAUGGGAUCUUUUAAAUAACAAACUUAUUUGGCUUAGGUUUUAUUGUGAGUUAUUUCACUAGCUUCAGCAGUUCAGUGAACCCUUCCUGCCAGUAUUCACCAAACAUCCUGAACCACAUAUCUCGAGAAGAUACAGAGAUACAUUUUUGAAGGACCACUUAUUGUUCCAAUUAAACUUUUAGUUUGUCGCAAUAGACAAUUUCACUCUAGCAAAAAUGCAGUUAUCUACAUACAGUUGUUGAUUCAAAACUAACAAAAAAUCCGUCGAGGGUCCUCAGAGUUAUGUAUUUGAAUGCUCCAGCAAAAAUAUGCUGUGUCCAAAGAGGUGGACACUGACAACCAGCAGUGCGCUAGAAUGUCUGCUGUUGAACUCAUGUUGCUUCUGAUGAUAAAUGUGCUUAUUAUCCCAGCAACUUUCCCUUAGAUAUAUAAUUCUGUCUCAUAGUAUGAACUGUUAUUCAUUGAUAGCGUUUCAAAUUAACAUGCAUCACCUUAUCGUGAUAACUUGACCGCACAAACAGACCGUGGGGUUUUUAAUACAGUGCCAUUUUAACCUUGAAUGCUCAUCUAAAAGAAAUGUUUGGGUUAACUCUGGGCCUCGAUUAGUGUAGUUGAUCAUAUGCAGCUUGCCCUUAGGUAGGCCUAUGGUGACCCUCAUACAUAAAAUGUAAGUGAUUUUGAUAGGAUUUUUCCUUACCUUGCUGGAUAGUGGGUGGAACGUUUUAAGAUGAGGAAAUAGUAACAUCGUCUACAGUGUAAUUUUAAGAGAAGAAACAACGUUGUUUGAGGAAACAGGUUGUCAGAGUAUGAAAGAGAAAGCAAGAAUUUGAACACUGGUCGGAUAUGUCUUUGAUGAAAUGCUGUAUUUCAAGAGAACAGGGAAGAGAAGGUUAGAGAUUCUUGGACAUAUCAGUGAUGUGUUUUGUUGGCUGAAAUAUAAUUUGUUGAACAUUUUUAAUUGUAACUGGGUUAUUGAUUUUUGAGACCAGUAAGCCGGAUGCUAGGUUUAUGUAUGUUGGUCAAAUAUGUGUUGAGUUUUUCAUCAAAUUUAGGUUGAGCCUUUAACGUUCAGCAAAAUCUACCUAAAGUGCCAUCAGUGAUUUGCCCCAACAGGACAAUCUAUUAUGACUCUUGUCUGAAAUGAUGAUGACAAUCUGUAAUUUGUUCUCUAUGUAGAAUUUCUACAUCACUGUAUAAUGUCUAUGGUCUGAGAGUCUUUUCAAAACUGUUCAUGACUGUACUUUAAGUAUUUGGCUUGAUUGUUAAAUCCAACUAUCAUUUUGAGUGUUGAUGCUGAUGCAAUAUACAUACUGCUAGCCAUUAUUUAACACUACAACAAUGUAUUAAUUUAUUUUUUCUGUUUUUUUUUUGACGGUUGUUUUUAUGGAGAUGAAUUAAAAAAUAGGUUUACAUUUCAAUCAAAUGUAUGUGUAUCCUUUGUCCCCUGCUCUCACACUCUUUACAAGACACAAAUAAUGCAUUAUAACUAUCACUGUGCUAAUCACCA